GGCCUGACAUUCAACAAGGAUAUUCUAUGCCAUAUCUUGUCUGCUGGGCUACCAAACCUCUUGACAUAUCAACAAUGAAAAAACUAUCAGCAUUAUUUGAUAAUGAAUUCGAAAUAAUAAACUAUGAACUAUAUGAUUAUGAUGAUGGAGGUGGCGAUAAAGAUGGUAAUACUUAUAUUCAAGUCUCAUUCAUAGCAAAAGCUAAACUUGAAAAAGAGUUUCAAAGUUUCGGCAUCAACACAUAUCUAUGA